UGAACCAAGUUAAAAAGACAACAGGAACAAAAAGUAAACUCGAGGUGAGCAUAAGAAUUCAAUCAACGGAGUUUCUUUUUUUGUCUUUUUCUUCUUGAUUCCUAUUUCUCGGCCCGUCUUUCAUUGUCCUAUAAAUAUCUUCUUCUUUUUUACAUCUUUACAUCAUUCUCAUGGGUGCUUCUUCUUUUUCCUCUUUAAAGAAAAAGAAAAUACGAAUGUCUCAACAAAUCAACACCAAUGUCACACCUUCGUUUUCUUCUCAAGAAAAGUCAGAAUCAAAUAUGUAUGAAGGUCGAUCUUAUCACAAUACAGAUUCUAUCUAUUGGUUACCUAACGAUAAUGAAGAACUUGAUAGAUUAAUAGGGCAACACUUUGCCUUGAAGUCUUUAUUCGGUGGGAAUUUCAAUACCAAAGUCUUGGAUUAUAUGUCAAUGGAAGAUCGUACUACUAAAGUACUGGAUUGUGGAUGUGGUCCUGGUACCUGGAUUAUGGAUGUGGCUACCGAAUACCCAAAUAUUCAAUUGACUGGUAUAGAUAUUAGUGAUGUAUUUCCAACUAGUAUACGUCCUCCCAAUGUCAAUUUCUGCCUGGGCAACUUAUUGGAACGAUUACCAUUCGAAGAUAACACAUUUGAUUUCAUCCACGUUCGCUUAUUCAUCGCAGCAUUACGAAAAGAAGAAUGGCCUCUUGCAUUGGAAGAACUUUUUCGUGUGUUGAAACCGGGUGGUAUUCUGAUAUCUACUGAAUGUAGUCAAAUUGGACCAGGUCGUGAUUUUAUCAAUGAAUUUGCUAUUCUCAUUGCUAAAUUCAUGGAAAGUCGUGGUCAAGAACCUGAAAUUGCUGCCAUGUUACCUGAUCUACUUGUCUCCAAAGGUUAUGAACUUAUUGAUUCUGUCAAGCAAGUUAUCAAUCUAGGUGCGAAUGAUUCACUAAGUCGUGAAUUCUUAUACGAUGUGAUCAAUUUGACGCGAAAUGCCAAACCUUUUAUUGCUCCUCAUCUGAAUCUGACCACUGAUCAAGAAUACAACGAUAUGGUGAACAAGCUGACUAUUGAAUGUCAAAAAGAACCUCAAGCCCAAUGGUCAUUUACUUCAACUGUAGCUAGAAAACCUUUGUAAUUCUCCUCCUUUUUUUUUUUGGAACAAAUCACUUCUUUAUGAUAUCCUAUGUCUC